AAUGUCACGUUGUUUUACAGAUGGAGGAUGCAGGUGUGUACAGGGUGUGUGUCGGGGUGGGCAACUUCUUCUUGGAUGAGGUGAAGACCAUCGCAUCCACUGGCCUCAACUCUGUUGUCGUCAAACCCCUCAUCAGCGAAGUCACGACCACGGACUUGAUCAAUGUGGUCUGCCCAGAGAAUUUUAGGUGUGCCUACAAGCUGCAUGUGACCUACAUCUGGUUCAUUGAAGGAGCCAGUAUGCUUCUCAAAACAAAAGCAUUUUCAAAGGAUAUGUCUGACAGGUUUCUAAGCGUGACAGCCAGCAUCAUACAGGUUGGUGAAACCAACAGCCCAAUCACCAGUAUGGUGCAGGCUCUACAGGAGGCCAUCAGCAUCAUCAAAAACAGUGUCGACACUGACACCAUCCACAACAUUGUCAUCAUCACUGACAGGAUGUUUUCUGAUAUUGGAGGGCAAGAUGUGCAGACAGAGUUCACAACACUAGUGAAUACUGCCAAGAAUGAAGACAGGAUAAAGUUUACAUUGAUACAUGGAAAUCCAGCCAAUGACGCGAGCCCAUCGAGACAGUGGGAGCAGUUUGCCUCAGAUAACUUUGCCUUCUAUGAUGCGGACUUCACUGUUAAAAUACCGGCAUGGAAAAUUCAGAACAGUCUUUGCCAAGAGCCGUGCAAGGCAGGUUGGGAGAUAAAGGCUGACGGGAAGUGUGGGAUGUGUAACGUUGGUACAUACCGGAACAGGAUGACCUCGUACAAGUGUGAGGAAUGUCCGAAUGACAGUACGACACCAAACACUGCAUCAACCUCCGCAGCUGACUGCAUAUUGGAGAAGUGUGAGGUGCCUAUGGACCUUAUCUUUGCUAUUGACACAUCAGAGAACAUCAAUGACCGUGACUUUGGUUUGCAAAAGGCAUUCUUCUGGUCACUUAUUAAUGGAUUUAGCGUGGGAGAGACCCGGAUAGGAGUGGUUGGCAUUGGUGACCCGGGGAUGAACAUGACCCAGAUGACCUUGUCUGAGUCUUUGAACAAUCAGGAUGUCCAGCUUGCCAUCUUCGGCCUUGACAAUGAGGCCAAAAGUGCUGAUGUCGCUAAUGCCUUGCAGAUUGCCCGGCAGGAAUUUACAGAUAGGGGCCGUAACCAGGAGGGGUUUCCAUGGAUACUUAUCACUGCCCUCGGCAACCAGGCGGCAAACUCCUUCCAGCUGCUUAGGAAUGCUGCCAUCAACAAACUGCUUGGCAUACACAUGAUGUCUAUUGGAGUGGGGACUGACUACUCCACAACUGAAACAGAUGCCCUGGCCUCCGAUCCCAGCAAGGACAAGUUCACAUAUCUGAACUAUGACAACCUUCUCAGUUCCUCCAAGCUAUUGCAAACCAAAAUAUGUGAUGCUGCCAGAAAUUAUAAUCCAGUUGUUGACAAAGACGAUUCAGCAAAUAUUCUUGGUGAUUGCCAGGCAAACAUGGACCUUGUUAUCAUGCUAGACGCCUCCAUCAGUAUCCCGUCAACCACUUUUGUUACCAUGAAACUCUUCCUAAAUGAAUUUGCAUCCAGACUGGAUAUCGGUCAAAACAAAAUCCGGCUUGGUAUUGUGUCAUUCUCCAACAUAGUGCAUGAGAACACAGUGUUUCCCCUAUCAUCCAGCAACGACCUAUUGACAGUCCAGUCUUCGGGGAUCUUCCUCCAGCAGCCUGGCAAUAUGGCUGGCACUAACACUGCCGAAGCACUUCGGCGCACCAACACUAUGUUCACUGAGCAAGGCCGAUCCAACUCGCCAUAUAUAAUCAUUCUGAUGACGGAUGGACAGUCAGAUGACAUGACUGCAACUGCUUUGGAGGCACAAAAAGCUAGGGAAAAUGGUAUCCAUGUGGUGGCCAUUGGUUUUGGAGAUGUGUUUGCCCCAGAGUUGAAUGUUAUUGCCACAAAUAGGGAGUCAGUCACAACUGUAACCAAAUUUGCUGACCUUACAGUACAACAAGUACUUGACCUUUCUUGUGCAUAUCAAUUUACCUGUCCUCACAAGAUGAACAUCAUAGCUGUCUGGGAUCUGGAAAACAUAGACAUUAUCACCAAGUCCGAGCGAUUCAUCACUCAACUCAUGGAAAGUUUUGGAUCAGAUAUAGAGAAUGUGUUUGUGGACCAUGUGUCACACGUAGGAUUUGCAAUGAAGGAAGCCCAUGAGAAACACAUGGCCAGUACUGCCACAGACAGGACACGAGCUAUCAUUGUCAUAACUGACAAACAGCUCACUCCAGAGGCGAAAUCAUCCCUCGGCAUAUGGUCAACAGCUUCUAAGAAUGCUGGGAUAGUAAUAGCUGUUGUGGAUACCUUGAAAACUAAUGGUAUAGAGAACAUCGCCUCCAGCAACAAACUCAGUUUCAAGACCACGGCCUUUGACACGCUGCCAUUAGUACUUGUUAUCCAGAAAAGUCUCUGUAUUGAGCCCUGCACCAGUGGAUAUGAAAUGUGGGGUCCUGGCAACUGUGAUGAAUGUGUCAUUGGAGAGUACAGGGAUGCUUCUGAAUCCUUCCAGUGUGUUGAGUGCACUGACGGGAAGACAACUCUGCAACCUGCCUCAACCCUCUCCUCAGACUGCCUCCUCGAUAAUUGCGGGUCAGCAAUGGAUGUUGUGUUUGUGAUUGAUUGGUCCACCAGUAUUGGCCCCACUGAGUUGGUUUUACUCAGAACAUUCAUACACAAUACAGUCUCAAAGAUGGAUAUUGGUGACGGUGUUGGCCGAAUACGUGUUGGGCUUGUUCCAUAUUCGUCUGAUGUUUUCCUGAACCAGGUGUUUGAGCUGCGUAACUCAAUAGAUAAGGCAGAUGUUUUGGCAGCAGUCAACAAUCUCCGCUAUGGGGACCUGCCAACAGGAACCAACACAGCGAAGGCCAUAGAGGUAGCGAAGAACAUGAUCCUGGCCCAGGGGCGGCUCCAUUCUGAAGUGGCACACACCAUAAUAGUGCUGACAGAUGGACGCUCCACAAAUACAUUCAGGACAGGAGAAGAAGCAAAGAAGGCAUGUGAGGAGUUUAUUCGCGUGUUUGCUGUGGGGGUAGGAAGGAAUGUGUACCGGGAUGAGCUGGAGAGAAUCAAGAGUGACGCUGACUCGAUCUUGUAUGUGUCUUCCUUUAUGCAGCUUGUAUCCCAGAUCACCUUCCUUGAGGACCAUAUGUGUGAAGACUCGUACAGCUGUAGUGCAGCCAUGGAUAUGACGCUGAUCCAGGAUAGUCAGGCGGCUGUUUCUGCAGGGUUCACUGUGAAUGCUGAUGACUUCUACCAGGCUGUAACAGCAAGCUAUCCGUCAGUGUUCAGACAGACAUUCUCAAGCAACGCAGAACUGCUCUCCCGAAUCCAGGGACUUACCAAUGGCAUGAGUACCAAUCCUGCCAACACUAAGCUGCUCGUCCUCCUUUUGGAGGGAGACGUUACUGACCAGGCAGUCAAGGAUUCACUGAUUGCCUACCGCCAGGCCGGUGGUGUGGUUGCUAUCAUCAGUUCUGAUCCAGCAAUUGGACUGGCCAACUUUAUCUUCAUGGCAACAAGUCCAGAUCACAUUUUUGUAAAAAAGGAUUUUGGUGCCAGGAGAAACAGCAGGUUUAUUGCAAGGAAGCUUUGUAUAACUCCAUGUCUGGACGGGGAGGAGAGGAUGGAGGGUGGGGAGUGUGACAAGUGUAAACGUGGAACAUAUCGUACGGUCACUGAGUCACAUGUCUGUUUACCGUGUGGCGUGAAGAAAACCACUCUUGACAUGGGUGCUACACUUAAUACUGAGUGUGUUCCUGACUGUAAGGCGGGGGAGAAAAUGGUAGGUGACUCCUGUGAGAAAUGCCCAGUUGGCUCUUACCAGCCUGAACUAAAGGACUUCUGCAUAGAGUGUGAAACUGAUUUUACAACUGCUAACACUGGUAGUGCUGGCCCUGAUGACUGCAUAAGGAGCUGCCCUGCUGGCACAAAGCGAAGUUCAGAUGAGAGUUCCUGUUUUUUGUGCCCUGUUGGGACAUACCAGCCCGAGCCUCUCAAAGAUGUUUGUCUUGAGUGUGCCCCGAACCUUAUCACUGCAGCAACCAGCAGUACCUCCCCAGACCUGUGUAUAGAUCGUUGCAAUGUGAAGAUGGACAUUGUGUUAGUGCUUGAUGCAUCUUCCAGCCUUCAGCCUCUGGAGUUCACUUUGAUGAAGGGAUUCCUCGUCAACACCAUCUCCCAAUAUAAGGUUGGCCCAACAGAUGUGCGGAUUGGCAUUAUAUUCUACUCAAAUAAUGUGGCGACUAGUCCACGUCUUCGCCUAGAUGCGACAGUGGACCGAAACCUAGCCACUAACAUUGCCUCAAGCAUCCCGCAGGGCUCCAUUGCAGGAUCCAACAUGGCCAGCGCUAUCACGGAGGCGAAUAACAUGAUUAAUGACCAACCAAGGGCUGAUGCCACACACUAUGCUAAGUUUAUAGUUGUUGUAGCAGCAAAACCAUCAGAUAAUUCUGUUCAGUCCAUUGAGAGAGCUUCAGAUGCAAAGGAUGAUUUUAUAGAGGUGGUCAGUGUGGGUGUAGGUGGUCAGAACCAGGCAGAGGAACUUGCAAGUAUUGCCUCAGACAACUCCUUGUUUGUGACAUCAGCCACCUUUUUGGAAACCCUCAACCUUGACCUUCUACCUGUCAUGUGUCAAUCAAUGUUCACCUGUGGAGCCAGCAUGGAUGUGUUUUAUGUGAAGGACAUUUCCACCUCCACGACACUGUCCAGUAAAGUGGACACCUUCAUCUCUAACAUGAAUGAUAUGUACACUAGUAACAGUUUCACCGAACUAACUGGAACCAACCUGCAGGAUGCCUUGACUGGAAACACACCUCUGGCUCUCACUGCCCCGCAGAACACCGCUGUAGUUGUCAUCUUCACUGACAAAAACCCAACUUCCAGCUGGACAGCAGGGGUCCAGACCGCAGCAGCAGACUUGUCAGAUAAGGGCGUGGUCAUUGCUGUUGUGUACGAGAGUGAUACAGAGACAACCAUGGUUGGUGUUGGCUCAAAUGAUGAUGUUGUCUUCUCUAAGAAUAACUUUCAUCUUUCGCCGUAUGAUGACGUUCUAUUCAGGAGUUUAUGCAUAGAGCCGUGUUCAGACGGAGCUGAGAGGGAUAAUACAGGAGAAUGUAAGGAAUGCUUGAAGGGCUCUUACCGCACAGCAACCUCUACACAUAUGUGCCAGGACUGUCCCGACAACCAGAGCACACAGGGGCCAGGCGCCACCUCACAGACACAGUGUGUUCCAUGUAGUGCAAGUGAGUGGCAGUGUGAUAAUGGGGACUGUAUUGAUGAGGCGCUCAGGUGUGAUGGCGCUACCAACUGUGGUGAUAACUCUGAUGAGGACAGUUGUAAUACAUGCGUGGCUGGGCAGCGGUAUGAUGGCUCUACCUGUAUCACAUGCGAGAAGGGUACUUACCAACCUGACAAGAAGCAGACUUUGUGUCUUAAAUGCCCGGAGAGAUCCACUACUAUCGGUCCGGGGAAAACAAGUGUUGCCGAUUGCUCAGUGGUUUGUGAUGAGUCUGGGCAGGAGCUGGAUGUGACAAGUGGUCAAUGUGUUGACUGCCCUGCCGGCAAGUUCCGGGAUGCAAAUCUUCACACCGCCUGUCUCCCUUGUUCAAAUGGAUGGACGAGUCCAGCAGCAUCGACCUCAGUGGACGACUGUCAGCCGCCAUGUUUGGCUGGUGAGUUCUGGAAUACUGAUACGAGGGCAUGUGAAAAAUGUGUCUCCAACACCUUCACACCCAACCCUGGCCAGAUGAGCUGUUUGUCCUGCCCUGCUGGCACAACUACUGGGCCCAUCACAGGCGCUACAUCACAGACCCAGUGUACAAACUCGUACAGCUGUAGUGCAGCCAUGGAUAUGACGCUGAUCCAGGAUAGUCAGGCGGCUGUUUCUGCAGGGUUCACUGUGAAUGCUGAUGACUUCUACCAGGCUGUAACAGCAAGCUAUCCGUCAGUGUUCAGACAGACAUUCUCAAGCAACGCAGAACUGCUCUCCCGAAUCCAGGGACUUACCAAUGGCAUGAGUACCAAUCCUGCCAACACUAAGCUGCUCGUCCUCCUUUUGGAGGGAGACGUUACUGACCAGGCAGUCAAGGAUUCACUGAUUGCCUACCGCCAGGCCGGUGGUGUGGUUGCUAUCAUCAGUUCUGAUCCAGCAAUUGGACUGGCCAACUUUAUCUUCAUGGCAACAAGUCCAGAUCACAUUUUUGUAAAAAAGGAUUUUGGUGCCAGGAGAAACAGCAGGUUUAUUGCAAGGAAGCUUUGUAUAACUCCAUGUCUGGACGGGGAGGAGAGGAUGGAGGGUGGGGAGUGUGACAAGUGUAAACGUGGAACAUAUCGUACGGUCACUGAGUCACAUGUCUGUUUACCGUGUGGCGUGAAGAAAACCACUCUUGACAUGGGUGCUACACUUAAUACUGAGUGUGUUCCUGACUGUAAGGCGGGGGAGAAAAUGGUAGGUGACUCCUGUGAGAAAUGCCCAGUUGGCUCUUACCAGCCUGAACUAAAGGACUUCUGCAUAGAGUGUGAAACUGAUUUUACAACUGCUAACACUGGUAGUGCUGGCCCUGAUGACUGCAUAAGGAGCUGCCCUGCUGGCACAAAGCGAAGUUCAGAUGAGAGUUCCUGUUUUUUGUGCCCUGUUGGGACAUACCAGCCCGAGCCUCUCAAAGAUGUUUGUCUUGAGUGUGCCCCGAACCUUAUCACUGCAGCAACCAGCAGUACCUCCCCAGACCUGUGUAUAGAUCGUUGCAAUGUGAAGAUGGACAUUGUGUUAGUGCUUGAUGCAUCUUCCAGCCUUCAGCCUCUGGAGUUCACUUUGAUGAAGGGAUUCCUCGUCAACACCAUCUCCCAAUAUAAGGUUGGCCCAACAGAUGUGCGGAUUGGCAUUAUAUUCUACUCAAAUAAUGUGGCGACUAGUCCACGUCUUCGCCUAGAUGCGACAGUGGACCGAAACCUAGCCACUAACAUUGCCUCAAGCAUCCCGCAGGGCUCCAUUGCAGGAUCCAACAUGGCCAGCGCUAUCACGGAGGCGAAUAACAUGAUUAAUGACCAACCAAGGGCUGAUGCCACACACUAUGCUAAGUUUAUAGUUGUUGUAGCAGCAAAACCAUCAGAUAAUUCUGUUCAGUCCAUUGAGAGAGCUUCAGAUGCAAAGGAUGAUUUUAUAGAGGUGGUCAGUGUGGGUGUAGGUGGUCAGAACCAGGCAGAGGAACUUGCAAGUAUUGCCUCAGACAACUCCUUGUUUGUGACAUCAGCCACCUUUUUGGAAACCCUCAACCUUGACCUUCUACCUGUCAUGUGUCAAUCAAUGUUCACCUGUGGAGCCAGCAUGGAUGUGUUUUAUGUGAAGGACAUUUCCACCUCCACGACACUGUCCAGUAAAGUGGACACCUUCAUCUCUAACAUGAAUGAUAUGUACACUAGUAACAGUUUCACCGAACUAACUGGAACCAACCUGCAGGAUGCCUUGACUGGAAACACACCUCUGGCUCUCACUGCCCCGCAGAACACCGCUGUAGUUGUCAUCUUCACUGACAAAAACCCAACUUCCAGCUGGACAGCAGGGGUCCAGACCGCAGCAGCAGACUUGUCAGAUAAGGGCGUGGUCAUUGCUGUUGUGUACGAGAGUGAUACAGAGACAACCAUGGUUGGUGUUGGCUCAAAUGAUGAUGUUGUCUUCUCUAAGAAUAACUUUCAUCUUUCGCCGUAUGAUGACGUUCUAUUCAGGAGUUUAUGCAUAGAGCCGUGUUCAGACGGAGCUGAGAGGGAUAAUACAGGAGAAUGUAAGGAAUGCUUGAAGGGCUCUUACCGCACAGCAACCUCUACACAUAUGUGCCAGGACUGUCCCGACAACCAGAGCACACAGGGGCCAGGCGCCACCUCACAGACACAGUGUGUUCCAUGUAGUGCAAGUGAGUGGCAGUGUGAUAAUGGGGACUGUAUUGAUGAGGCGCUCAGGUGUGAUGGCGCUACCAACUGUGGUGAUAACUCUGAUGAGGACAGUUGUAAUACAUGCGUGGCUGGGCAGCGGUAUGAUGGCUCUACCUGUAUCACAUGCGAGAAGGGUACUUACCAACCUGACAAGAAGCAGACUUUGUGUCUUAAAUGCCCGGAGAGAUCCACUACUAUCGGUCCGGGGAAAACAAGUGUUGCCGAUUGCUCAGUGGUUUGUGAUGAGUCUGGGCAGGAGCUGGAUGUGACAAGUGGUCAAUGUGUUGACUGCCCUGCCGGCAAGUUCCGGGAUGCAAAUCUUCACACCGCCUGUCUCCCUUGUUCAAAUGGAUGGACGAGUCCAGCAGCAUCGACCUCAGUGGACGACUGUCAGCCGCCAUGUUUGGCUGGUGAGUUCUGGAAUACUGAUACGAGGGCAUGUGAAAAAUGUGUCUCCAACACCUUCACACCCAACCCUGGCCAGAUGAGCUGUUUGUCCUGCCCUGCUGGCACAACUACUGGGCCCAUCACAGGCGCUACAUCACAGACCCAGUGUACAAACUCGUACAGCUGUAGUGCAGCCAUGGAUAUGACGCUGAUCCAGGAUAGUCAGGCGGCUGUUUCUGCAGGGUUCACUGUGAAUGCUGAUGACUUCUACCAGGCUGUAACAGCAAGCUAUCCGUCAGUGUUCAGACAGACAUUCUCAAGCAACGCAGAACUGCUCUCCCGAAUCCAGGGACUUACCAAUGGCAUGAGUACCAAUCCUGCCAACACUAAGCUGCUCGUCCUCCUUUUGGAGGGAGACGUUACUGACCAGGCAGUCAAGGAUUCACUGAUUGCCUACCGCCAGGCCGGUGGUGUGGUUGCUAUCAUCAGUUCUGAUCCAGCAAUUGGACUGGCCAACUUUAUCUUCAUGGCAACAAGUCCAGAUCACAUUUUUGUAAAAAAGGAUUUUGGUGCCAGGAGAAACAGCAGGUUUAUUGCAAGGAAGCUUUGUAUAACUCCAUGUCUGGACGGGGAGGAGAGGAUGGAGGGUGGGGAGUGUGACAAGUGUAAACGUGGAACAUAUCGUACGGUCACUGAGUCACAUGUCUGUUUACCGUGUGGCGUGAAGAAAACCACUCUUGACAUGGGUGCUACACUUAAUACUGAGUGUGUUCCUGACUGUAAGGCGGGGGAGAAAAUGGUAGGUGACUCCUGUGAGAAAUGCCCAGUUGGCUCUUACCAGCCUGAACUAAAGGACUUCUGCAUAGAGUGUGAAACUGAUUUUACAACUGCUAACACUGGUAGUGCUGGCCCUGAUGACUGCAUAAGGAGCUGCCCUGCUGGCACAAAGCGAAGUUCAGAUGAGAGUUCCUGUUUUUUGUGCCCUGUUGGGACAUACCAGCCCGAGCCUCUCAAAGAUGUUUGUCUUGAGUGUGCCCCGAACCUUAUCACUGCAGCAACCAGCAGUACCUCCCCAGACCUGUGUAUAGAUCGUUGCAAUGUGAAGAUGGACAUUGUGUUAGUGCUUGAUGCAUCUUCCAGCCUUCAGCCUCUGGAGUUCACUUUGAUGAAGGGAUUCCUCGUCAACACCAUCUCCCAAUAUAAGGUUGGCCCAACAGAUGUGCGGAUUGGCAUUAUAUUCUACUCAAAUAAUGUGGCGACUAGUCCACGUCUUCGCCUAGAUGCGACAGUGGACCGAAACCUAGCCACUAACAUUGCCUCAAGCAUCCCGCAGGGCUCCAUUGCAGGAUCCAACAUGGCCAGCGCUAUCACGGAGGCGAAUAACAUGAUUAAUGACCAACCAAGGGCUGAUGCCACACACUAUGCUAAGUUUAUAGUUGUUGUAGCAGCAAAACCAUCAGAUAAUUCUGUUCAGUCCAUUGAGAGAGCUUCAGAUGCAAAGGAUGAUUUUAUAGAGGUGGUCAGUGUGGGUGUAGGUGGUCAGAACCAGGCAGAGGAACUUGCAAGUAUUGCCUCAGACAACUCCUUGUUUGUGACAUCAGCCACCUUUUUGGAAACCCUCAACCUUGACCUUCUACCUGUCAUGUGUCAAUCAAUGUUCACCUGUGGAGCCAGCAUGGAUGUGUUUUAUGUGAAGGACAUUUCCACCUCCACGACACUGUCCAGUAAAGUGGACACCUUCAUCUCUAACAUGAAUGAUAUGUACACUAGUAACAGUUUCACCGAACUAACUGGAACCAACCUGCAGGAUGCCUUGACUGGAAACACACCUCUGGCUCUCACUGCCCCGCAGAACACCGCUGUAGUUGUCAUCUUCACUGACAAAAACCCAACUUCCAGCUGGACAGCAGGGGUCCAGACCGCAGCAGCAGACUUGUCAGAUAAGGGCGUGGUCAUUGCUGUUGUGUACGAGAGUGAUACAGAGACAACCAUGGUUGGUGUUGGCUCAAAUGAUGAUGUUGUCUUCUCUAAGAAUAACUUUCAUCUUUCGCCGUAUGAUGACGUUCUAUUCAGGAGUUUAUGCAUAGAGCCGUGUUCAGACGGAGCUGAGAGGGAUAAUACAGGAGAAUGUAAGGAAUGCUUGAAGGGCUCUUACCGCACAGCAACCUCUACACAUAUGUGCCAGGACUGUCCCGACAACCAGAGCACACAGGGGCCAGGCGCCACCUCACAGACACAGUGUGUUCCAUGUAGUGCAAGUGAGUGGCAGUGUGAUAAUGGGGACUGUAUUGAUGAGGCGCUCAGGUGUGAUGGCGCUACCAACUGUGGUGAUAACUCUGAUGAGGACAGUUGUAAUACAUGCGUGGCUGGGCAGCGGUAUGAUGGCUCUACCUGUAUCACAUGCGAGAAGGGUACUUACCAACCUGACAAGAAGCAGACUUUGUGUCUUAAAUGCCCGGAGAGAUCCACUACUAUCGGUCCGGGGAAAACAAGUGUUGCCGAUUGCUCAGUGGUUUGUGAUGAGUCUGGGCAGGAGCUGGAUGUGACAAGUGGUCAAUGUGUUGACUGCCCUGCCGGCAAGUUCCGGGAUGCAAAUCUUCACACCGCCUGUCUCCCUUGUUCAAAUGGAUGGACGAGUCCAGCAGCAUCGACCUCAGUGGACGACUGUCAGCCGCCAUGUUUGGCUGGUGAGUUCUGGAAUACUGAUACGAGGGCAUGUGAAAAAUGUGUCUCCAACACCUUCACACCCAACCCUGGCCAGAUGAGCUGUUUGUCCUGCCCUGCUGGCACAACUACUGGGCCCAUCACAGGCGCUACAUCACAGACCCAGUGUACAAACUCGUACAGCUGUAGUGCAGCCAUGGAUAUGACGCUGAUCCAGGAUAGUCAGGCGGCUGUUUCUGCAGGGUUCACUGUGAAUGCUGAUGACUUCUACCAGGCUGUAACAGCAAGCUAUCCGUCAGUGUUCAGACAGACAUUCUCAAGCAACGCAGAACUGCUCUCCCGAAUCCAGGGACUUACCAAUGGCAUGAGUACCAAUCCUGCCAACACUAAGCUGCUCGUCCUCCUUUUGGAGGGAGACGUUACUGACCAGGCAGUCAAGGAUUCACUGAUUGCCUACCGCCAGGCCGGUGGUGUGGUUGCUAUCAUCAGUUCUGAUCCAGCAAUUGGACUGGCCAACUUUAUCUUCAUGGCAACAAGUCCAGAUCACAUUUUUGUAAAAAAGGAUUUUGGUGCCAGGAGAAACAGCAGGUUUAUUGCAAGGAAGCUUUGUAUAACUCCAUGUCUGGACGGGGAGGAGAGGAUGGAGGGUGGGGAGUGUGACAAGUGUAAACGUGGAACAUAUCGUACGGUCACUGAGUCACAUGUCUGUUUACCGUGUGGCGUGAAGAAAACCACUCUUGACAUGGGUGCUACACUUAAUACUGAGUGUGUUCCUGACUGUAAGGCGGGGGAGAAAAUGGUAGGUGACUCCUGUGAGAAAUGCCCAGUUGGCUCUUACCAGCCUGAACUAAAGGACUUCUGCAUAGAGUGUGAAACUGAUUUUACAACUGCUAACACUGGUAGUGCUGGCCCUGAUGACUGCAUAAGGAGCUGCCCUGCUGGCACAAAGCGAAGUUCAGAUGAGAGUUCCUGUUUUUUGUGCCCUGUUGGGACAUACCAGCCCGAGCCUCUCAAAGAUGUUUGUCUUGAGUGUGCCCCGAACCUUAUCACUGCAGCAACCAGCAGUACCUCCCCAGACCUGUGUAUAGAUCGUUGCAAUGUGAAGAUGGACAUUGUGUUAGUGCUUGAUGCAUCUUCCAGCCUUCAGCCUCUGGAGUUCACUUUGAUGAAGGGAUUCCUCGUCAACACCAUCUCCCAAUAUAAGGUUGGCCCAACAGAUGUGCGGAUUGGCAUUAUAUUCUACUCAAAUAAUGUGGCGACUAGUCCACGUCUUCGCCUAGAUGCGACAGUGGACCGAAACCUAGCCACUAACAUUGCCUCAAGCAUCCCGCAGGGCUCCAUUGCAGGAUCCAACAUGGCCAGCGCUAUCACGGAGGCGAAUAACAUGAUUAAUGACCAACCAAGGGCUGAUGCCACACACUAUGCUAAGUUUAUAGUUGUUGUAGCAGCAAAACCAUCAGAUAAUUCUGUUCAGUCCAUUGAGAGAGCUUCAGAUGCAAAGGAUGAUUUUAUAGAGGUGGUCAGUGUGGGUGUAGGUGGUCAGAACCAGGCAGAGGAACUUGCAAGUAUUGCCUCAGACAACUCCUUGUUUGUGACAUCAGCCACCUUUUUGGAAACCCUCAACCUUGACCUUCUACCUGUCAUGUGUCAAUCAAUGUUCACCUGUGGAGCCAGCAUGGAUGUGUUUUAUGUGAAGGACAUUUCCACCUCCACGACACUGUCCAGUAAAGUGGACACCUUCAUCUCUAACAUGAAUGAUAUGUACACUAGUAACAGUUUCACCGAACUAACUGGAACCAACCUGCAGGAUGCCUUGACUGGAAACACACCUCUGGCUCUCACUGCCCCGCAGAACACCGCUGUAGUUGUCAUCUUCACUGACAAAAACCCAACUUCCAGCUGGACAGCAGGGGUCCAGACCGCAGCAGCAGACUUGUCAGAUAAGGGCGUGGUCAUUGCUGUUGUGUACGAGAGUGAUACAGAGACAACCAUGGUUGGUGUUGGCUCAAAUGAUGAUGUUGUCUUCUCUAAGAAUAACUUUCAUCUUUCGCCGUAUGAUGACGUUCUAUUCAGGAGUUUAUGCAUAGAGCCGUGUUCAGACGGAGCUGAGAGGGAUAAUACAGGAGAAUGUAAGGAAUGCUUGAAGGGCUCUUACCGCACAGCAACCUCUACACAUAUGUGCCAGGACUGUCCCGACAACCAGAGCACACAGGGGCCAGGCGCCACCUCACAGACACAGUGUGUUCCAUGUAGUGCAAGUGAGUGGCAGUGUGAUAAUGGGGACUGUAUUGAUGAGGCGCUCAGGUGUGAUGGCGCUACCAACUGUGGUGAUAACUCUGAUGAGGACAGUUGUAAUACAUGCGUGGCUGGGCAGCGGUAUGAUGGCUCUACCUGUAUCACAUGCGAGAAGGGUACUUACCAACCUGACAAGAAGCAGACUUUGUGUCUUAAAUGCCCGGAGAGAUCCACUACUAUCGGUCCGGGGAAAACAAGUGUUGCCGAUUGCUCAGUGGUUUGUGAUGAGUCUGGGCAGGAGCUGGAUGUGACAAGUGGUCAAUGUGUUGACUGCCCUGCCGGCAAGUUCCGGGAUGCAAAUCUUCACACCGCCUGUCUCCCUUGUUCAAAUGGAUGGACGAGUCCAGCAGCAUCGACCUCAGUGGACGACUGUCAGCCGCCAUGUUUGGCUGGUGAGUUCUGGAAUACUGAUACGAGGGCAUGUGAAAAAUGUGUCUCCAACACCUUCACACCCAACCCUGGCCAGAUGAGCUGUUUGUCCUGCCCUGCUGGCACAACUACUGGGCCCAUCACAGGCGCUACAUCACAGACCCAGUGUACAAAUGUGUGUGCAGAUGGGUUUUACCUUCCGGAAGGGAUGACAGAUAGCACUUCUUGUACUGCAUGUCCCACCAACACCAUAAAGGUCUCCCCCGAUACCAUCUGUAAACCAUGCCAGUCAGGGUAUAUCUCAGAAGAUGGGCUUACAUGCAUACUCGAUUGUAAAGCUGGCUCCUACCAAUCAACACAGGAAGGGCGUUGUCUCGAGUGUACUUUCGGCACAUACCAGCCUCUAGACCAUGCCAACUCCUGUAUCACCUGCCCCCAGGGCACAACAACAAAUGAACAGGGCAGCACUGAUAGCAUCCAGUGUAUAGUUCCAUGUGAUGGUGGAAAGUAUCUUGCGGCAAAUGGGAGUUGUGUCCCCUGCCUGAAGGGGGAAAUUAGACCUGCAGACAAAACCACCAAAGCCUGUUCCCCAUGCCCAAAUGGCCAGACCACAACAAGCCCGGGGUCAACUUCCUGUGUCUUGGACUGCAAGGCAGGCAGCUACAACACUGGCACUAAUUGUGACCCCUGUCCCCAGGGUUUGUAUAGCGAGGAUGACCUUGCCACUUCCUGUGACCCAUGUCCAUUGUCAACCUCAACCCUGGCCCCAGGAGCAAACUCAAACUCCAUGUGUGUUGAUCCAUGUGCGAGUGGGCAGGAGCUGACCGAAGUGUCCCCAAUAGUGUGUACGUCAUGCCCCCUAAACACAUACAAGACAUACGGACAGGAUGCUAGGUGUGUUGACUGCCCUGAUGGCUUUAUCACUCCGGCAGAUGCUGCCACAUCAAAGGAUAGUUGUCUACCUAACUGUAGCCCAGGGAAAUUCUAUGAUGAAUCUUCUGACAGCUGCCAGUCGUGCCCUGCGAAUAUGUUCCAGGAUGAGCAUUACAAGAAGAGUUGUAAACAGUGCCGAAAGGGUUGGACAUCGCCCACAGGAAGUGACGAUGUCUCUGACUGUGGACCCGUGUGUGUUGCGGGGAGUUACUGGAGUGAAGAUCUGACCCCAGACCCUGGCUGUGUGGAGUGUGCAGAGGGGUCAGCCCAGCCCCUGGCCAAUCAACUCCAGUGUGAUCUUUGUCCAACUGGACUGACCACGAAUGGCCCUGGCCAGACACAAUGUAUAGUGAGCUGUACUGCUGGCAAGUUCUACAAUUCUCUCACUCAAGAGUGUGAUGACUGUCCCCCAAACACAUACAGUGGGGCCGGUCAGCUGACCUGUGACCCCUGUGACAUUGGCAAAUCCAGCCCAGCAGGCAGUGACAGCCAGGAUGACUGUAUAUACAGCUGUUCCAUCGGGUCUGCCUUCAACCUCGCUCUGGGUAGAUGUGUAUCAUGUGUAAUUGGUUACUAUCAAGAUGUGGCAAACCAGCUCACUUGUAAGAAAUGUACACCCUUGGGUUACACUACACUAGAUUAUGGAUCAGAAGAUGCUGGUGACUGUGUUGCUCCUUGUGAAGCAGGGCAAUACCAAAGUACCAACGGCACAUGCCUUUCCUGCCCCGAAGGGACGUCCUCAACAACUGCUGGCUCACAGUGUGUAGAGUGUCCUGAUGGGGAACAAUGGAACUUAAAAACCCCGGAAUGUGAGCCAUGUCCUGUGGACAAAUAUAAGGGAGAGGGACAAAUGUACUGUCACGAUUGUCCUUCCCGCUACACUACCAGUGGGGUUACAGGCAGUACUGACAUCACAGCAUGCAAACCGGAGUGCACAUCUGGGCAAUUCUUCAACAUAAUUUCCUAUGAGUGCGAGAAUUGCUUGGAAAACACGUACCAGGAUGAAGACCAUAUGACAUCGUGUAAGGACUGCCCUCCUGGCACUCAGUACACGGGGACCGGCGCAACCUCCUCCUCACAGUGCAUUGCGAUCAUCUGUGGGCCAGGGACGUACCGGGAUGGGACAGGACACUGUACAGACUGCUCCAAGGGCUCUUACAGUAACAUGCCAAACCAGUUGACGUGUACCAAGUGUGGGGCAGGCUUAACCACCCCGGACACUGCCUCAAAGUCAAGCUUUGCCUGCUUUAUUCCGUGUGAUGAGGGGUAUGACUGGGAUGCAUCCCUGGAGAUGUGUGUGCAGUGUGACAAGGACUCUUACCGCGGGAAAGAAGACAGCCCAACGUGCAUUCCCUGCAAGUAUGGCUUCCAGACUGCCACAAAGGGGGCUACCAGGGAAUCAGAUUGUAAAGCUCCCUGCAAUGCCGGGACUGUCUACAACCGAGCAACUUUUGUAUGCAUACCCUGUCCUGUUGGGACGUUCCAGCCCAACCCUCACAUGGAGUCAUGCAGUCCUUGCCCUAAGGGAACCACACACGCUGUAACUGGGGCCACCAGCCCUGACCUCUGUCAAGACCCCUGUGCUGCCAACAGAGAGCUGCAGUCUGAUGGCUCGUGUUAUCCUUGUCCCACCGGGAGUAUCAAACCCGAAGACGAGACUGUCUGUCGAGAAUGUCAAACUGACUUCACAACCUUCGACAACCCUGACCUCACCAGUAGGAUAUGUGUCCCUGAUUGUGUUGCGGGCGAGUACUGGAACGGGACAGAGUGUGUUUUGUGUGGAAAGGGAACAUUUACAGCGAGUCCAUACAAGUAUGAGUGUGAUGAGUGUGAUAACGGCCUAACAACACCGACUGACGGGGCAACAAACAGAGACCAGUGCUACGAUAAGUGUCCAGAUGGUUUUGAGCUGACGUUUACUGGCACAUGUGAGUCCUGUCCGAAGAACUACUACAAGGCCACCGGCGACACCAGCCAGUGUGUGGCCUGUCCUGAUGACCUCAUUACACUGUUUUCGGGUGCAGACUCACUCAACAAGUGUGUUCCACGGUGUGACAAGGGUCAGAGAUAUGACCGUACCAAAAAAGAGUGUGUACUGUGCGACACAGGCACCUUCAACCCAUAUGCGAAUCAGUUUGAUUGUCUCCCUUGUGGAACCAACAUGGUCACCCUUGACAACAGUGGCAAUAUCAUCUCCGGGGCUACAUCUAAAGACCAGUGCUUUGGUGACUGUGAUGUGGGCACAUACUGGGAUGGCACAGAUUGUGUUGACUGUGCCAAGGGCAGUUACCAGGACAAACUAUACCAGACGUCAUGUGUUAACUGCAUCGCCGGUUACACAACACCAACUUUCGGCUCAGAAUCAGACUCAGAUUGCUUUGACCCUUGUGCGGAUGGACGUACCUGGGAUGGGGAGGAAUGUGUGGCGUGUGGAUUGAACCGAUAUCGGGACAGGACAAAUCAGAACCAAUGUCAGGACUGUGAUGCAGGUCUGGUCACUGUUACAGACACAGCCAUCACAGACGCGGACUGCAAAGAGCCCUGUGUAGCUUUCCCAUCUGCUGACUGUCAAUCGAAUUGUCAGAAGGGCAGUUACUUUGAUUUCACUGACCUUGAGUGUAAGGAGUGUCCAGUUGGGAAGUUCCAGGCCUUACCGAAUCAGUACCACUGUGAAGACUGUCCACCUGGCAAAACCACGGACGCGAUUGCAUCUGACUCUGAACAAGCGUGUAUAGAUGUAUGUGACACUCCGGGUCAGGUGUUGGAACCAGGGGGGACAAGUGCUGAUGACUGUGUUGACUGCCCGAAGGGAUCAUACCAUGAGGGGACCAUCUGUCUUCAGUGUCCUCAGGGUGAAACAACAGAAACAACUGGAUCCCUCAGCCAAAACUUCUGUAUAUUGGACUGUAAGGCAGGUGAGGAAAGGUCUGCAGAUGGCAGCAUGUGUGUCCCAUGCCCUAAGGACAAGUACCAGACAGAAGCAGACCGUAUUGAUGGAGUCUGCAAGCCCUGUCCCACUGGCAAGGGUACCAAGGGUCCAGGGGCCACCAGCAUCACCCAGUGUAAUGAGUUAUGUGGGAGUGGCUUAGAGCUGGGUACCAACGGCGACUGUGUUGCUUGUGCCCAGGGAUAUUACCGGAAUGCCAGUGUGCACGAUACUUGCCAGGCCUGUCCGGAGGGAUACUCUACCGCUGGCCCAGGUACCAGCAUCAAUGACUGCAAACACAACUGUCCAGCGGGAAGCUUCUAUUCGAGCUUGAGCCAGAAGUGUGAGGUUUGUCCUGCUGGUAAAUAUCAAAGCAUGAGCCUGAUGGAGUCCUGUGACUCCUGCCCCAGCUGGAAAACCACCCUACAGCCAGGUGCUACCAGCAGGGAUCAGUGCGUUGAUGCGUGUGGAUCUGGAUAUGAGUUUGACGGUGAUGUGUGUGAUGAGUGCCCGCGGGGGGAGUUUCGCACGGAGAAUGUACAUGACGAGUGUCAACCAUGCGAUGAUCAACACACAACUCUUGCCACUGCCUCAACAUCCAAGAACGACUGUGUCCCAAUAUGCUCCCCUGGGACAUACUACAACAGCAUAUCUCAGGCAUGUGCUCAGUGUGAGGAAGGCACGUACAACCCAGAGCCUUACCAGUCAGAGUGUCCCCCUUGCCCGGCGGACAAACCCCUCUCCAUGCCUCACAGGCUCUCGUGUAGAGCAAACUGCAGCGUCGAUGAACAGUGGAACGAGGCUCGCCAGAUAUGUAACUGGUGCACUGCUGGACAGUACAAAGUAAACGAUGUGUGCACCAACUGCCCCUUGGGUCAGUCUGUUUCUAGUGAAUCAGCCACCUCUGUGGAUGCAUGUGAGCUGUGUCUGAGUGGGCAAUAUCGGAACGAUGCGUCUGUAGCUCUGUGUCAGCCCUGCCCAACAGACCGCAUCUCCAGCAUGGACAGGACAGCAUGUAUUGAGUCAUGUGAAGCUGGAAAAUUCUACAGAAUCUCAAGUGGAACCUGUGUGCCUUGUCCACAGAGUACAUACAACAACAUGGUAGGGCAAGAGUCAUGUAAGCCCUGCCCUGAUGGCAAACACACAAAUGGGGAAGGAAAAACUAAUGUUUUGGACUGCAGACUUGACUGGUGUGACGCUGGUUAUCUCUAUGUGGAUGCGACACGAUCAUGUGUGCCAUGUGGUGUGGGCCUCUAUCGCUCCGACUCUGAUGCCACAUGCCAGCAAUGUCCUGAUGGCAAGACAACCAUCACACCAACAGCCAGCUCGGUCACCCACUGUGUCGAUGCUGUAGGACCCGUGAGCUGCCAGGGUGGCAACAUCUUCAAUACCACAAGUGGAAGGUGUGUGCCAUGUGGGAAAGGGUUCUACCGACAUCCAACUCUCGACGAAACCUGCAAAAGCUGCCCUACAGGCUAUUCAACGGAAUCAAACAUGGCAACCAGUGUAUCUGAUUGCAAACGUGAAUUUCCGAUAACGUCUUACCGUGUUGACCUUGCGAUAGCGGUGGACAUGUCCAGCAGUGCAACCCCUGCUGACCGUGACUCACUACGCACCUAUCUCCAGCAAACUAUUAACCAGCUGAGAAUCAAUGAUCAUGACACUCAUGUGGCCAUUAUCCUGUACGCAAGGGGAGUAAGGACCCUCACUGACCUCCAGUCAGGCUGCCGGCUCCAGAGAGUGGUUGCCUGUCUUGACCGCCAGCUGGAUGUCAGCCGCUACAACAUUGUCAACACUGGGUUUGCUCUACAUCGUGUGAAGGAGGUGUUUUCACGAUCUGGGAGACGGAACGUGAGAAAGCACCUGCUCCUGAUAUCUGAUGACUCCUCUAGAAAUCCUGCCAUGUCUCUGCAUAAAGCAGAUCUACUGAAGAGAGCUGGUGUUGGAAUCACUUUCAUAGGCUCAGAUGCCACAGAGGUAUCCAGAAUUGCAAGUAGCUCCCGCAACAGGUUUGUCAUCACCAACUACAGCAGCAUGCCCCCAGUGAUGGAUGUCCUCACUUCCAUCCUGGACUAAACGUGAAGCUUCCUUCACCAGAUACUGGCCAGACAAUUCUCACCCACAACAAACACACUGUUUACAUUAAUUUCGAGAUAAUUCAAGAGAAAAUUGAUAAUUGUAAGGCUUUUCAUUCAGUGCCUGUAUACCUGUAUAAAAUACUGUUUUAACAAUGCCAAUUCGUUGGUAAAUCUCAUUUUCUACAUAUAUUUAUGUAUUUUUAAUGAUUAUUUUUAGCUCACCAGAGCACGAAGUGCUCAAGGUGAGCUAUUGUGAUCGGUCUUUGUCCAGCGUCCGUCCGUCAGUCAUUAGUCCGUCAGUCAGUCAGUCAGUCAGUCCGUCCGUCAACAAUUGCUUAAAAAACAUCCUGGCCAAAUUCAAUCAAACUUCACAGGAAGCUUCCUUGGGUGACUCUCUACAAAAAACAACAAGGGGUCACGAUUGAUCAACAACAACAACAAAAUGGCUGACUUCCUGUUUUGCUUUAAAAAACAUCUCAUCUUAAGCUACCAGUCCAAAUUCAAUGAAACUUUACAGGAAGCUUCCUUGGGUGACCCUCUACAAAAUAACACAAGGGGUCACGAUUGAUCAACAACAACAACAACAACAGCAACAACAACAAAAUGGCUGACUUCUUGUUUUGCUUUAAAAAAACAUCUCAUCUGAAACUACCACUCCAAAUUCAAUGAAAGUUUACAGGAAGCUUCCUUGGGUGACCCUCUACAAAAAUACAACAAGGGGUCACGAUUGAUCAGCAACAACAACAAGAGCAACAACAACAACAAAAUGGCUGACUUCUUGUUUUGCUUUAAAAAAACAUCUCAUCUGAAACUACCACUCCAAAUUCAAUGAAAGUUUACAGGAAGCUUCCUUGGGUGACCCUCUACAAAAAUACAACAAGGGGUCACGAUUGAUCAGCAACAACAACAACAGCAACAACAACAAAAUGGCUGACUUCUUGUUUUGCUUUAAAAAAACACCUCAUCUGAAACUACCACUCCAAAUUCAAUGAAAGUUUACAGGAAGCUUCCUUGGGUGACCCUCUACAAAAAUACAACAAGGGGUCACGAUUGAUCAGCAACAACAACAAGAGCAACAACAACAAAAUGGCCGACUUCCUGUUUUGCCUUAAAAUCAUCUCUCUGAAACUACCAGUCCAAAUUCAAUUUAACUUUACAGGAAGCUUCCUUGGGUGACCCUCUACAAAAAUACAAUAAGGGGUCACAAUUGAUCAGCAACAACAACAACAGCAUCAAAAUGGCCGACUUCCUGUUUUCCUUUAAAAAAACAUCUCCUCUGAAACUACCAUUCUAAAUUCAAUGAAUUUUUACAAGAAGCUUUCUUGAGUGACCCUCUACAAAAAUACAACAAGGGGUCACGAUUGAUCAACAACAACAACAACAACAGCAACAACAACAUGGCCGACUUCCUGUUUUGCUUUAAAAAACAUCUACUCUGAAACUACCAGUCCAUAUUCAAUUUAACUUUACAGGAAUCUUCUUUGGGUGACCCUCUUCAAAAUACAAGGGGUCACGAUUGAUCAGCAACAACAACAACAGCAACAACAUCAAAAUGGCCGACUUCCUGUUUUGCUUUAAAAAAACAUCUCCUCUGAAACUACCAGUCCAAAUUCAAUUAAACUUUACAGGAAGCUUUCUUGGGUGAUCCUCUACAAAAAAACAAGGGGUCACGAUUGAUCAACAACAACAACAGCAACAACAACAACAUGGCCGACUUCCUGUUUUCAUUAAAAAAAAACUCCUCUGAAACUACCGGGCUAAAUUCAAUUAAACUUUACAGGAAGCUUCCUUGGGUGACCCUCUACAAAAAUACAACAAGGGGUCCGAUUGAUCAACAACAACAACAACAAAAUUGCCGACUUCCUGUUUUUCUUAAAAAAACAUCUCCUCUGAAACUACCAGUCCAAAUUCAAUGACACUUUACAGGAAGCUUCCUUAGGUAACCCUCUACAAAAAACAACAAGGGGUUACAUUGAUCAACAACAACAACAACAACAUGGCAAACUUCUUAUUUUGCUUUAAAAAACAUCUCCUCUGAGUUGUGGCCCUUUGCUUAGGUGAGCGUUUUAGGGCCAUCAUGGCCCUCUUGUUUACAUAACUUGCUGUUAAUGUUUUAAGAGUAUAUCAAACUAUAUUUUUUUCUAUUUAAUGUAUAAAUUGUGUGUAUCAAAAGAAUUAUUAUUUAAAAGAAAAAAGUUUGAGUGCCUUCUAGUCAAAAUAUGUAAAUAACAU